AUGGCUUCCGACCCAAUCAUCGCGACAGAUGAUGAAAUUGUCAUCGUAUGCGAUUCGAGAUCAACCGGAAUCGCCGUCAGGCAGCUUUGCGAUGGGAUUCACGAGCGGACAGUCCGGACACCAGACUCCAAGAAAUUCUCGUACGCAAUAGGCAAGAUCGGACGGCACAGAGUAUUCCUGGCAGAUCGUGAUCAGGGAGACCUUGUCAUGGAUCACUAUAUGCACAUCGAUACGUUGGCACAGUACUUCAAGGCAGUCAAGCUGGUUCUACUCGUUGGCCGCUGCGCGGCGGUCCCUUUUGCGGAAAAUCACGACGUCACGUCGGAUACUAGCAUUGUUCUCGGCGACGUCAUUGUUGGAAGUGAUAUCGUCGAGGAACCUGACUUCGACCAUGAUAGCAGCCCGAAUGCAAAGUCGCAGGACCGAAAGCUCGACAGAGAAUUCGAGGGCCGGCGCCUUCGUGCUCGGGCAUUUGUCGAGGAGUUGGAGUCACAAAAAGAGCAGUUCCAGGAAGCUACAACCCAAGGUCUGGCUGCCACGCUUGAGCACCCGUUGUGCAAGGGGUACCAGCAGCUCAGGACGGAGGCCCGCAAGAUAUUCCCAGCGGAUUACUUACACAAACACCGUGAUAGUCAAUGUAGUGAAUGCGAGGAUGGUCUUGAACCAUGCCGCAAAGCAACAUAUUUCUCCUCAUGCGAGGGGCUAGAAUGUGAGACUAGCUAUAUGAAGCCCCACGAUUGCCACCAACGACUGGAGCAACACCCUGCUGUUCACUUUGGUUCUAUCCACGUGGGAAAUGCUUCGUGGACUCCGCAGUCUCGGGACCAGCUCUCCAAGACGCACGGUGUAAUUGGUUUUGAGUCGCGAGCUGCAGGGCCUUUUCACUAUCUGCCCGUAAUUAUGGUGCAAAGAGUAGCUCAUCAUAUGGAUGGGCACAGGUUUAGCUCUUGGGCAGCAUACGCAGGGCUAGCUGCAGCUUCUGCAGCAGUAUGCCUCCUAGAUCGUUGA